CGGAGGCACACGGCGUGGAUGCGCAGACGUCGUGGUCGCCGUCCGCCGAAGAGGAGGAGGAGGAGGAGGAGGAAGGUUGAGGCGCCGCAGGAAAGCUGAGGAGCCCGGUGCUGUCGUCGCCUGCAGCCCGGAGCCCCGUCCUCGUCCCCGCCCGAGCCGCGGCGAUGGAUCCGGUCGCUGCACCGCCUCCCGGCCCGCGCUCCGCGCCGCCGCUCGGGGGCCCCGGCCCUCUGGGCGAGUUCCUGCCGCCGCCUGAGUGUCCGGUGUUCGAGCCCAGCUGGGAGGAGUUCGCCGACCCGUUUGCCUUCAUCCACAAGAUCCGGCCCAUUGCCGAGCAGACGGGCAUCUGUAAGGUGCGACCGCCGCCGGAUUGGCAGCCACCGUUUGCCUGUGAUGUUGACAAGCUCCAUUUCACCCCGCGCAUCCAGAGGCUGAAUGAGCUGGAGGCUCAAACUCGUGUGAAGUUGAAUUUCCUGGAUCAGAUUGCGAAGUACUGGGAGUUACAGGGAAGUACUCUGAAAAUCCCCCACGUGGAGAGGAAGAUCUUGGAUUUGUUUCAGCUUAACAAGUUAGUUGCAGAAGAAGGUGGGUUUACAGCUGUUUGCAAGGACAGAAAAUGGACCAAAAUUGCCACCAAGAUGGGGUUCGCUCCUGGCAAAGCUGUGGGCUCCCACAUCAGAGGGCAUUACGAGCGGAUCCUCAACCCCUACAACCUGUUCCUGUCCGGGGACAGUCUGAGGUGUCUGCAGAAGCCACACCUGGCCACAGACACGAAGGACAAGGAGUACAAACCUCACGACAUCCCCCAGAGGCAGUCGGUGCCCCCCUUGGAGACGGGCCCGCCCGCCCGCCGGGCCAAGCGCAUGAGGGCUGAGGCCAUGAAUAUUAAAAUAGAACUGGAGGAGACCACGGAAGCCAGAACUCAUAACCUCAGACGUCGAAUGGGUUGCCCAACUCCAAAGUAUGAAAACGAGAAAGAAGUAAAAAGCUGCAUCAAGCAAGAACCCAUUGAGAAGAAAGAGCAUGUUGUAGAGAGCGAGAGGGAGAAGCCCAAGAGUCGACCUAAGAAAACCACCAGUGCUGUGGACCUGUACGUUUGCCUCUUGUGUGGCAGUGGCAGCGACGAGGACCGGCUCCUCUUGUGCGACGGGUGUGAUGACAGCUACCACACCUUCUGCUUGAUCCCACCCCUCCAUGAUGUUCCCAAGGGAGACUGGAGGUGUCCCAAGUGUUUGGCUCAGGAGUGUAGUAAGCCGCAAGAAGCAUUUGGCUUUGAGCAAGCAGCCCGGGACUACACCCUCCGCACGUUUGGGGAGAUGGCAGAUGCGUUCAAGUCUGAUUACUUCAACAUGCCAGUGCACAUGGUUCCCACAGAACUGGUUGAGAAAGAAUUUUGGCGGCUGGUGAGCACCAUCGAGGAGGACGUCACGGUCGAGUACGGAGCCGACAUCGCCUCGAAGGAGUUUGGCAGUGGCUUCCCUGUCCGCGACGGGAAGGCCAGGCUCUCCCCCGAGGAGGAGGAGUAUCUUGAUAGUGGCUGGAAUUUGAACAACAUGCCCGUGAUGGAGCAGUCGGUCCUGGCGCACAUCACCGCCGACAUAUGUGGCAUGAAGCUGCCCUGGCUGUACGUGGGCAUGUGCUUCUCCUCGUUCUGCUGGCAUAUCGAAGACCACUGGAGCUACUCGAUCAACUACCUGCACUGGGGUGAGCCGAAAACCUGGUACGGUGUCCCUGGGUACGCCGCCGAGCAGCUGGAAGACGUGAUGAAGAGACUGGCCCCGGAGCUCUUUGUGUCCCAGCCAGACCUGCUGCACCAGCUCGUGACCAUCAUGAACCCCAACACCCUGAUGACGCACGACGUUCCCGUUUACCGGACUAACCAGUGUGCUGGGGAAUUCGUGAUCACGUUCCCGCGCGCCUACCACAGCGGCUUCAACCAGGGCUUCAACUUCGCUGAGGCUGUGAACUUCUGCACUGUGGACUGGCUGCCCCUGGGCCGCCAGUGCGUGGAGCACUACCGCCUGCUGCACCGCUACUGCGUGUUCUCCCAUGAUGAGAUGAUCUGCAAGAUGGCCUCCAAGGCCAGCGUCCUGGACGUUGUCGUGGCCUCGACCGUCCAGAAGGACAUGGCCGUCAUGGUUGAGGACGAGAGAGCUUUGAGAGAAGCCGUGCGUCAGCUGGGAGUGAUGGAUGCAGAGAGAAUGGAUUUUGAGCUGCUGCCGGAUGACGAGCGUCAGUGUAUCCGAUGCAAGACGACGUGCUUCAUGUCCGCCAUCUCCUGCGCGUGCUCGCCGGGCCUGCUUGUCUGCCUGCACCACGCGCGGGAGCUGUGUGCCUGUCCGCCCCACAGAUACAAACUGCGGUACAGAUACACCCUGGACGACCUCUACCCCAUGAUGAACGCAUUGAAGCUGCGAGCGGAGUCUUACAAUGAGUGGGCCUUGAAUGUGAAUGAUGCUCUGGAGGCGAAAGUCAACAAGAAGAAAAGCCUUGCCAGCUUCAAGGCUUUGAUUGAAGAGUCUGAGAUGAAGAAGUUCCCAGACAACGACCUUCUACGCCACCUUCGCCUCGUCACUCAGGACGCGGAGAAGUGUGCUUCUGUCGCACAGCAGCUGCUCAAUGGCAAGAGGCAGACCAGGUACCGGUCUGGUGGGGGGAAGUCCCCAAACCAGCUCACAGUGAGCGAGCUCCGCCAGUUCGUGACGCAGCUCUAUGCUCUCCCGUGUGUCCUCAGUCAGACGCCACUGCUGAAGGAUCUUUUGAGUCGUGUGGAAGAUCUCCAGCAGCGUAGCCAGAAGUUGCUCUCCGAGGAGAUGCCCGGUGCCGCCGAGCUGCAGGACUUGCUGGACGUCAGCUUCGAAUUCGAUGUUGAACUUCCACAGCUUGCUGAGAUGCGUGUCCGUCUGGAGCAGGCCCGUUGGCUAGAGGAGGUGCAGCAGGCUUGCCUAGACCCGAGCUCCCUCACUUUAGAUGACAUGAGGCGGCUCAUUGACCUGGGCGUGGGCCUGGCCCCGUACGCGGCCGUGGAGAAGGCGAUGGCGCGGCUGCAGGAGCUGCUUACGGUGUCAGAGCACUGGGAUGACAGAGCCAAGAGCCUCCUCCGAGCCAGGCCUCGGCACUCCCUGAGCAGCCUCACGGCGGCGCUGAAGGAGAUGGAGGAGAUCCCCGCGUACCUGCCCAGCGGGGCGGCUCUGAAGGACUCGGUGCAGAGAGCCAGGGACUGGCUUCAGGAGGUGGAGGCCCUGCAGGUUGGGGGCCGCGUGCCAGUGUUGGACACACUGGUGGAACUUGUCACUCGAGGCCGCUGUAUCCCAGUGCAUCUGAGCUCCCUCCCGAGACUGGAGUCGCUGGUGGCUGAGGUCCAGGCCUGGAAGGAGUGUGCCGCGAACACAUUCUUGAUGGAGAACUCCCCGUACUCGCUCCUGGAGGUGCUGUGUCCUCGCUGUGAUAUUGGCCCUUGGGGGUCAAAAAGGAAGCAGAGGAAGUUCAAGGAACCCUUGCCCAGUGGAAAGAAGAGGAGCAGCAGGCUGGAGACCCUGAGCGACCUGGAGAGGGCCUUAGCCGAGAGCAAGGAGACGGCUGCAGCUAUGGCGGCCCUCGGGGAGGCGCGCCUGAGGGAGAUGGAAGCCCUGCAGGCGCUGAGGCGAGCCAACGAGGGGAAGCUGCUGUCGCCGGGCCCCGACGCGGACACGAAGGUCUGCCUGUGCCAGCGAGGGCCCGCUGCCCCGAUGGUGCAGUGCGAGCUCUGCAGGGAUGCUUUCCACACGAGCUGCGUGGCCGCCCCCAGUGCCCCACAGGGCCCUCGCGUCUGGCUCUGCCCCCACUGCCGGCGGUCGGAGAAGCCUCCGCUGGAGAAGAUCCUGCCCCUGUUGGCCUCCCUGCAGCGCCUCCGUGUGCGCCUCCCCGAGGGCGACGCCCUGCGCUACAUGAUCGAGAGAACCGUGAACUGGCAGCACAGAGCCCAGCACCUGCUGUCGUCGGGGAGCCUGGCGUCUGUGCACGACCGGGCGGGCUCCGGACCGGCACACGGCAGGUGGCAGGCCUCGGCCGGACAGGCGCCGGACAGCAGCAAGGUGUCUCAGCCUCCUGGCACAGCGUCCUUUUCCUCGUCUGGUGACUGGGACGGCAGAGCCUCGUCCUCGCACUCGCCCUUCUCCGCAGGAUGGAGCUGCGUACCCCUCCAUGGUGUGAGUCCAGAAGUGGACGAGCUGCUGAUGGAAGCACAGCUGCUCCAGGUGGCCCUUCCUGAAACUCAGGAGCUGUACCGGACUUUACUUGCAAAGCCAAGUUCUACUCCGCAGGCUGACCGGAGCUCCCCAGUGCGGCCCAGCAGUGAGAAGAGUGACUGUUGCCGCGGGAAGCGAGACGGAGCCAACGGCCUGGAGAGGAAACUGAAGCGACGCCUGGACCGAGAAGGCCUUGCCCGCGAACGGUGGGAUCGGGCGAGGAGCGUGCGGACCCCCAGGAAGAAGAGAGUCAGACUGAGCCGCCCCGCGGACACGGACACUCUGCAGUCAGAGAGUGCACGCGGCUGUGACUUCGUCCACUCUGUGGACACGCAUUCCCUGCCCUCAGACACCUCCCAUUCCGAGCAGGAGGACUCUGAGGACGAAGACGCCGUCUGCCCGGCGGGGAGCUGCCUGCAGCCGGAAGGAGACGAGGUGGACUGGGUCCAGUGCGACGGCAGCUGCAACCGGUGGUUCCACCAGGUCUGCGUCGGUGUCUCCCCCGAGACGGCCGCGAAGGAGGACUACGUCUGCGUGCGCUGCACGGGGAAGGACGCGCCGGGCCGGAAGUAGACCCAGCGCGGCCCACACACUGGCGCUCGGGACUCCACCCAGGACGGCUCCGGGGCCUCAGCAGAGCUGCAGGACCGGGUCUAGGCCAGCCUGCAAACGGUGCUAUUUCUAUUCCUUAGGGAUCGUUUUUCCAGAACUCUUUGAAAAAAAGAAAAAACAACUAAAAAUUUUUUUGACACCUUUUGUAUUUUUUUUCUGAAGAGCGGUUUGUGGUGGCUGAGGUUUGAAGUGCUGACUGUUUUGCAGGGUCCCCACCCGCCUUGUCCUGCACAGCGUCGACGUCAGGCCUGCCCGGUGCGCCGGCCGGGAGUCCGACUCGGUUUCUGUGCCCAGAGGGCACCAGAAAUGCCAGGAAAUGCUCCAGGGGGAGGCAUUUCUCUCCUGUUUACUGUUACCGUACUGGGGAGCUUACGUUUUUCACUCUUGGGGUUUUGUUUCUUUAUCCACUCUUCUUUUUCCUCGUAGACUAGGUUUAUUUAUCUAAGCAAUAAUUUCUAUGUCAGUUUCAGUGGCUGGAAUUAAAACAAACCGAACUUCCAAACAGUGUGUUGGUGCCUCAGCCUUCGGUCGGUGCGCAGAUGCAGGGCCCGGUUUCCAGGGUCGCUGAGGAGCUGUGCGGCGCCACGCGGGGGGGGGCUCGCCCGGCCGUCCUGGGGCCUGCUCCCUGCCCCUUCCUUCUUCUCUGGGUUUUGUUCAUUUGUUUUGUUCCGGUAGCUUGUAUAAAAUGUUGCAGUUUCUAUUGUGAAUAAAUCCUUGGUCCUCUAGAA